UUAUCAAUAAAAAUUCUUCAAUAAUGAAUACAUUAAAUAACAUGACUAAUCCAUAUAAUAUGCCAGCUAUGCCAUAUGGAGGUAUUUUAGAUCCAGAUGGUUGCAGAAUGCUUGCAAGAAAAAUCUUUUCGACUUAUGAUAGUAUAAAAAAGGAAAAUUAUAUAUAAAAGUCUCCAAAAAAGGAUAUAUAGAUGUUGUUGAUAUUGGAUCCAUGUUUACAGAUGCAUAUAGAGCAUAAAAUAUUACAAUUAAACCUAAAGUUAAUGAGACAAAUGGUUUUUUGAAAGCAAUUAAUAGUAUAUAUAUAAGAUUAAUAGUUAGAGAAUGCUUAGAAUAGAAUAACAUUAUAAGAUGUAGAAUAAUAUUGUUUAAAAAAAUUUUGUGGAACUUCUUAUUAGUAUAAAUAACAAUAAUCAGCUAACAAGUUGAUAUUUAAUUAACAAUAGAUAACCUAAUUAUAUUGAAGAAAGACUCGAAGUUGCAAGAAGUCUUUUCAAAAGGCUAGAUGCAGAUGGCUCUGGUUAUAUAACUGAAGAUGAAGUUUAUGAAAUUAUUCGUGAAACUUACAGAUAAAUGGGUAAUUUGUAAUAUUUUAAAAAUAGGAAUGAAAUAUGAGCCUACUGUUGAUGAUGUCAGAAGUUGGAUUCAUAUGACAGAUUCAGAUGGUGAUGGUAAAGUUACUUUAGAAGAUUAUGAAAAUUUGGUUUUGAAAUCAUUGCAACAAUAAGCAAUUUCAUAUAAUUUAAGUUGAUUUAUUAUUUUUAUUAAUA